AUGAAAAGAGAAGUAACAGGUGCAACGAAAGCAGUCCAGUACCAUUUGAAAAGAACUUUUUCCCCACUCAAAGCAGUAGCAUCCAUCUCAAGUCGUCGUAACUAUGUGCGUCCGGUUCAGGUGAAAUUGUAUUCCUCAGAUACUUCCUCGAAGAAAGUUCCUGCUGGACCACUGUUUGACCACCAUAACAACACGUUUCGUACUACUACUUCACAGGGGAAAUAUGGAUCUACACAAGUAUUGAACGAAGAUCUGCUAUCAGAUUCGAUUCCCUCAGUGAAAUUGGCUUUCGAUCUGAUUAACGACCAUACUUGUCAAUUUAUCCCCGAGAAAGCUUCAGUGAUUGUAUUACAUGGCCUUUUUGGGAACAGGAUGAACAAUAGAACAAUCGGACGUGAAUUGAACGAGUUGUUGGAACGUGAUGUGUAUUUGCCUGAUUUGCGGAAUCAUGGUGCUUCACCUCACAUUGGAAGACAUGAUUAUACUGCAAUGGCAUUGGACGUAGAACGGUUUAUUCGAGAGAAUAUUCUUACUCACCCAGAUGCCAAGAGACCGAUCAUCAUUGGACACUCUAUGGGAGCUAAAGUUGCCAUGAGUGUUGUGUUGAGGAAGCCAGAAUUGUGUUCUAUGCUUGUUAGUAUCGACAAUGCACCUGUGGCUACACCACCAAUGAACGCUUUUCCACGUUAUACCAAGAAACUCUUACAAAUUAUCGAGGAUCCUGCCAUGCAGACGAUGCAGCAUGCAGACGAAGCGCUAAAAGCUGUUGAAGAAAAACCAGUGGUCAGACAGUUCCUACUGACCGUUUUACAAAGGGUCAAAGAUCAAGAAACCGGAAAAUGGCGGUUUAAGUCGAGGAUUCCCUUGGGUAUCCUGAACGAUGCAAUCGUUAAGGGCAACAUGUCCAACUGGGAAUUCAACCCAUGGGUUCAUCGUUUUACGGGUCCCUCUUUGUUCAUCCGUGGUACGAAAUCGCAUUAUGUGGCGGACGAGUACCUCGCGGACAUAGGGAAUUUCUUUCCAAAUUUUGAAGUCCGAGACAUAGAUGCUGGUCACUGGGUCAAUAGUGAAAAGCCCAAGGAAUGUGUACGAGACAUUGUGGAGUUUGUCGAACGUCAUGAGGAUGAGUUGAAGAGCUCGAAGAUUGUAUAG